CAAACGUGCAAACCUAUAAUUAUUCAGUCAGAGCUGCAAACAGCUGUUUUGUUCAAUUCUGUUAUAAGUUAAGAAGUUUCUUUAAAAAUGAAUGAAAUCGAGUAUAAAUUGAAGACAAACAGUAGUAUCUUAAUAGUCAACGCUAUUGAUAAGUUGAUAUCAGCGAUAAAAUCAAAAUUUAAAAUCGGCGAACGUCAGCGGUUUGUGUUAGAAAACGAAGAGUUGAAGUUUUUGAGGGAGAAAUGUUCAGCCAAGGAGACAGUAGUGAGCCUGACUGCUUGUCAGGGCCUACUCGCGUUGGUGGAGCUGGGUGUACUGGAAAUCGCUCACACUAUGUCUACCAUAGUAACCUUACUGCCUAGUGCACAUAAUUACUCAGCUAUUAUUUCCACAAUGGCUGGCCUUCUUAUUUUGGAUCUGAGGUCAAGACUUGUACCUGGACAACCUUACAAGUGCCAGUUUACACUGAAAUCACCUCAGCAUCCUUUCAUCACUGUACUGGAGAAGAAUAAGGAAGCAGAAGAUGACGUGCUGGCUCAGAUGCAUGCACUAUGUAAUCAUCCUGAUUAUAUAGUGAGUUCGAAUAGUUUGGAGCUCUUGCGGUCUGUAUUCUUGUGGCUGACCUGUAAUCCUCGACAAGUGGCAACAAGUGCUUCGAACCUGAGGCCCUGGCAGUUAUUGCUGAGUCUGCCCCAGUCCACUGCCCAGUCGUCACUCCUGUUGUCUUGCUUGAGUUAUCAACAGUUCUGCAACCCCAAACUGACUGAGCGGGCGUUCGCUGCGUACUCGGCAGUGACUGACGCCGCCAUCUACCGGCAGGACAGGGAGUAUGUUACUGCCCUAUUGCCCAUAUUAGCCAGGAUCUCCAAUGAGCUCGUUCGACAUGGCCGUGACCCGCGCUCGUGCUACAGUUUGCUAGAGCGCUGCCUAGCACUGGACGCCACUGAAAUCCGCCACGCGACUGGAAUCACGCUAGCGUUGCUAGCUGACAACUUGCAGCAUACUUCAGCGCUGUAUUUACACGAGCUUUUUAACUUAGCUUUAAACAUCAUAAGCAAAUACGAGAAUACGAAGACUUCUCUAAACUCCUUUGUGGCUUUGUCUCUCCAAUGGCUUCACAUGCCUUCGUAUUUAACCACGUCAGCUCUGAAAGUAGCUUCAAAGAUCGUAGACAUUUAUCAAACUGCAACCAAAGACGACGCAAGUUUCCACACGCCCAAUUUAAAAGCCAACAAGAUCUUUGAAACGCUUCUUUACACCGACAGGCGAUUGUUCGUCGAAUUCAAAUUGCUAGAGAAUUGGGAGCGGGUAAGAGAUAACCCGGACAAAUUGAAGAGUUGGUUGGAUACCAUCGGAUCACUCGACGACUAUGUGAAGUUGGAUUUGGUGCCGUUUCUAAUUGGCGUCGCUAUGGAGAAACGCUCUGAAGAUUGGUAUGAAGAUGUGGUGAUUAGAGCUUUGGAAAUGGUGGUAGCAGUUGUGGAUGCGAAGAAAGAGUUGUCUGUUAUGCUGAUGCCUGUUUUGUUGUACAAGAUUGCGAAUGAUUCGUCGUCCAACGUACGGAUGCACUGUUUGAGGGCGCUGCCUUUAAUGGCUAAAACCAAGGAAAAUGUCCCAGCCAUUGUGGCAAUAUUAAACAAGUUGAAAGCUGGCAAGGGUGUUCCGGUUUCGUUCCUCAUCAUGCUGUAUACUUCUCUUGCUGAGACUCAGGUGCGAUGUUUCCCAUAUUUACAAGAAGUGUUGGUGGAGUCUUGCGGUCGGCCAGAUGAACCCAAAUGGGAAUUGGACGUAGCUCGGGCUUUUGCUAUCGUUCGUGUAUGUGAAGUAAGGGCCAGUACUCACGGCUUAGAGCUAGUCUCCAGUAUAUCUUCCAUACUGAACCGUUGUACGGACAAGCCUGGCAGCUCAGCGACGGGACUGUGCCUACUGGCGUUACGCCAUUUGUGGCGUGCAUCCGCUGUGGCGCCUCCUGGGACGUGGCGUGCCCUACAACCGAGACUGGCCAGAGAUAAUAGACCGCAUGUGAAGAUCAGCAUAUGCAAACUUCUAUCUGAAGUGCCGGCCUUACGCGUAUCAACGCCCGAAUACGAUAAACUGAUAUCAGAUGCGGCUAACCAUCUCUGGGGUUACGUUGCCACCUCGAAUGAGCCUGAAGUUGUCGAGGCAGCCUGCGAGGCUUUAGCUAACUUCAAGGUGGAUGAUUACAAACUGAAGGAUAUACCAGAUGUGUACAGGAAGACGGUCAAAUUGCCAGCGGCGUAUUGUAAGACCCCCGCCGAUGCUGCGAGGAAACCGGAAGACGUACUCGAAUACGUACCUUAUGAAGUCUGGCCGGAAGUGUACAAAUACACGAAUCAAGCGGCAUUAGCUGGGGUUCAGCGAAUGGUGGCCAAAUUGAUAGAGCGCGAAGUUCGAGGGUACCGUAGUGGGGUGUACCAGCCUGAUGCGAAAGGGGAGCCUCAGGGCUUGGGGUAUUUGCCCUCCGCUAGCGUCAUCAGGGGACUUGUGGAGUGCUUUAGGAAGCAGGUGACAUCGCCAUCCUACGACUUCCCAGACAUAGUUCUUCUAUCGAUCCUUCACACGCUCACAGAAGAAUACCCCAAGCCGAUACCGCCAGUCGACCUCUGUUUCUUACACGAGUUAUUCCAUCGUGGCUCACAAUGGACCGGCGGAUGUCUCAGAUUGGCAGCCAGACAGGCACAAACAUCAGGGUCUGCUAGAAGACUGCUUGAAAAUUACCUACAAGGCAUUGUGCCUGGGACUACUAGCGAAGCUGAUAUCCUUCAAAUGUUCGAGAUUCUCCCCAUCCUAUGUCGUGGUAUGCCGCCAAAUUCUUUACGCGGGCCUUUGGAACGAUGCUUGUCUUCAGCUUACGAGGCAGUCGCCAAUCUCAAACAGCAAGACUUGGUGGAAGGCCAAGAACCACUGUUUGUGAGACAAUUGCGAGCCGUCAAAGAUAGUUUGGAAAGCGAGAAGACACACGAUGCGAAUAGAACUCUUCUGUCGCAGUUCAUGGAGAACUACUUCAUCGUAAUACCCGAUGACAAUAUUGCAUGGCCAGCUUACGUGGAGACUUGUCAAGCGUUGUCCACGAAGUACUUAGAACGUAUGACGUCACCGUCCAGCUGGUGGGAGGUCACUUCGGAAGCGUUGCGUAAAUCUUGCGCCGUGCGAUCGAAACUAGGAAGCUUAGUGUGGUUACAUGAAAUCAUUGACGCUGUCGCCACGCAGAUAACUGAGCAGCAGUUCUCGCUGGAGUGUAUGAGUCCAGCGCUACAGAAGGCAGUAGUCGAUGACACCUCCACGCGGGACUGGUUCCUGCAACUGAUGGCCCGAACUCAGGCCGCGUUUAAAGAAACGGAGGAGAUGUCUGCAAAACUGUACCUUCUGGACGUGUUCACUCUCAGCGUGAUAAUAUUCAGUGGGCAUUGGACAUUGGACACGAGCUACUUGACUAGCCGCGACACCCGUAAUCACCUGUGCCCCGCUGCCUGCUGCGAUUUACUAGAACGACCACUUUGGACUGAUAUACAACCUAAGAUGAUCGAAUGGGUUCGUCACACGUCCCAGAGUGUUGAGGACGGGGGAGUCUGCGGGCGCACUUUACUAGCCCUCUCUCACUGGCAACACUUCGGGCGCGCCUUCCUGCAUCUGUGAGUUGCCAUCCUAUAUCAAUACAUACUCAAACAUUUAAUCAGACUAGCGGCCGCCCACGAGUGGAGUUAGUUAGAAAUAAAGGUUCACUGCUCGUCCCCCUUAGGUGAUAGCGUGAUAAUAAUAUGUAGCCUAUACGUUGACCCGACUUCUUAAUAAUAUUCGUGUCAAAUUUGAAGUAAAUCCAUGCAGUACUUUUUGUGUUUAUCCCGGACAUACAUACAGAAAAAAAAGACAAAAUCAAAAACUAUAUUUUUUGCUUUGGUAUCGAUUGUAGAUCACACCCCAAGUAUUCUUUUAAAAAAAUAUUCAAUGUACUGUUUAAACUUUCCUACCAUUUUAUUAUAUGUAUAGAUGAUCGAGUGGGUACGUCCGACGUGCUUGGAGGACGGGGGAGUGUGUUACUGGCAUAGAUCUUAGAUUCUAACAAAAAUGGUAUAUAAGGCAUUCAAAAGUGAUCCGCUUAAAUUGUCGUGCAUGACCACAAUUCGCUUAAGUCACAAUUGGAAUCCACGCGGACCGGGUCCAGUCAGCAGACGGGACUCGAACCCACAUCCUUCGCUAUCCGGGCGAAUGAAUACAUCAAGCAGUUACAGUACAUGCUAAAUAUAUACACAAAAUUACUCAUCUAUAGUCAUUUAACUGUAAUAAUGAUUCGAAAGGAACUUGAUUGCCCUGCUGUUUUUAGAAAAUAUCUUUUCUUCGUUACACAUUUGAUAGCUUUUAUUUGUCAUUUGGAAUCGAUUGUUAUAAGUUCGUAUCAGAUUAUGUAUUUUAAAUUAAAUUUGAUACGUCUUUUUCAAGUCUCAAUUUUAUGUCCCAUAUAGAUCAAGAUAGUUGUGCAACUCUAGUCAACUUAAUAUUUUGAAUUUUUAAUGACAUUUAUAGUUUUACGUCAUUACAUAAAAUGACAUGAAGCUAUUAUAGUCAUAAAAAGUUCGGACGGACAAAUUGAUUUAAAAUUAAUUACACAACAAAGUUUGCUAAUAUGUAUAUCAGCUAUAUUUCUAAGCGAUCCAACCUAAUUAUAUUUAAAGGAAAUAUUACUCGAAAAAAUUCCACGCGGACCAGGCAGCAGACGGG